AUGGAAAGAGCAGCAAGCCCAGUUUCCACUUUGGUCGGGCUAGCAACCCGAGCUGACCCUUCGCCUCUACCGCCCCCUCAGGAAAUAUUCGUCCAUAUCCAGGAGAUGUAUGACUCUGGAAAGCCAUUCUACACCAAGGAGUUGCUCCAAGAUCUCAAACAGCAGAUACAGGACGCUCGCGGUGGACUUAUCCAGAGUAUACGUGUGCCGGGGUUGGAUGGAGUAAUUGUUGAGUUUCCAGUACUCAUAGGGCAGGUUUAUCCAGCACAUGAUGAGCCUGGUAUGGAGUACGUUAUCCAAAACCCCUGCAUAUCAUAUUUAUCUCUGCAAGAAGUACUCGAUGAUUAUAACCUAGGGGAUUAUCUGCCCUACAACCAUAUCGAGAUUGGCCAUUACAAGUAUCUACGGGAUAUCCACACCAAGAAGCUGUACCUGAAUAGUUCAGUUCAUUCAGUACCUGACGCAAGCAAGCUCCUACAAGAAAGUCGCCAGAUCUGGGAGAACACCACAGAGUGCCAAGAGCUCCGGGUAAAGCUCAUGUCACGAAAGACUGUCCCUAUUACCAAGAUCGUUGGGAUUGCGCUCGGGUCUUUCGCAACAGUCUACCCUGAACUACAAGAUCGAUCGGCUUUUCAGCACGCUCUACUUUUGACUCUCCGUGACAUAUAUUGCAACUUGAAAAUGCACAAUGUGUCACAGGAUGCUAUUCCAUGUUUUGCACAGGACCCAGAAUGCAAGAAGAAUGAUAUAGUUGCUGCAGGGGAGAAUGGAAUCAAGAUUGUAGAAGACCCUGACGCCUUUCUCGAAGUUGAUGAGUCCACAGUGGUGGUCUCGGUUGCUCCGGAUAUUGCUGUGCGGCAGAUUGUCUUUGAUAUAGCUCGGCCGGCUGUUUUGAUAUGGAACAAAGUGAGGGAUCAGAAUGAAGAUCAUAUGACCGACCCUGUCUCUCCACGCGUGUUAACUUGCAUACGGGAAUACUAUGACGAAUUUGAUUUCCCUGAUUAUGAUUCAAAUUUUGGGGACCUUGCGGUAUAUGUUCGUCGGAAUUAGGACGCAGUCGACGAGGACGCAGGAUAUCAAUCCGAAGAGACAUGUCAGAGCAGAGUCAACGGAUCUGUCAGAGGAUGUCUACCAUUUGCUCAUCGUAUAACUCCAAUCCUAGGGAUCUGAAGCCCG